CACAACCCACGCACCAUGUCUGACGAGGAAGCCGAGCAGGUGGAGGAGCAGUACGAGGAAGAAGAAGAGGCCCAGGAGGAAGUUCGUGAACCAGAGGACGUCCAAGAAGAGGAGAAGCCGAGACCCAAGCUCACUGCUCCUAAGAUCCCGGAAGGGGAGAAAGUGGACUUUGAUGACAUCCAGAAGAAGCGCCAGAACAAGGACCUCAUGGAGCUGCAGGCGCUCAUUGACAACCACUUCGAGGCGCGUAAGAAGGAGGAGGAGGAGCUGAUCGAGCUCAAGGACAGAAUCGAGAAGCGCCGCGCAGAGAGGGCCGAGCAGCAGCGGGUCCGCGCUGAGAGGGAGCGGGAGCGCCAGAACCGCCUGGCGGAGGAGAAGGCCCGCAGGGAAGAGGAGGACGCCAAGAGGAGGGCGGAGGACGACCUGAAGAAGAAGAAGGCCCUGUCCUCCAUGGGCGCCACCUACAGCAGCUACCUGGCCAAGGCUGACCAGAAGAGAGGCAAGAAGCAGACGGCCCGGGAGAUGAAGAAGAAGAUCCUGGCGGAGAGGCGCAAGCCGCUCAACAUCGACCACCUCAGUGAGGACAAGCUGAGGGACAAGGCCAAGGAGCUCUGGGACACCCUGCACAAACUAGAGACGGACAAGUUCGAGUUCGGGGAGAAGUUGAAACGCCAGAAGUAUGAUAUCACCAACCUUAGGAGCCGCAUCGACCAGGCCCAGAAGCACAGCAAGAAGGCCGGUGCCACCGCGAAGGGCAAAGUCGGUGGGCGCUGGAAGUAAAGCAGCCAAGGAAGGCUCCCAAGGCAGAGACUGCUGGGCACACAGCCCACAUGGCAGUGUCAGGCCCCCAGGCCCACUCCCAAGCACCCCCAGAACCUCUGUGCUUGCUGCCCCCACCCCCUGGGGUCUGCGAAUAAAGCUGUCAGACUCCCCUGUA